UCUCUCAGUCAAGCCUGCUGUGGGAGCUCUUAGAUGGAAUAGCUGCAUUUUUCUUCUGUGGUGUCACUGGAGGAGACUGGAAACAAGGUGGUUGUGAACAGAAGGGAUAAAUAAGGACCCGGGUCUGGUGUGAUACCUGGUUUUUCUUCACAUCUGAUCCACACUGGAAGGCAGCGGUGAGCGGUCGUGGUUCCCGAGCGGCGGCACAGUCAUGGGCGGGCCAGAGGUGAAGCCCGGGCCACCUCUGGUGUCAGCUGUGGUUCUCUCCCUCCUGGCUCUCUCUCUCCUCCCCACCGAGGUCUCCUGCCUCCCUCAGCCUCUGCCCAGAGUCUUCCUCACAUUCGAAGACCUGCAGGCCUCGCAGUCCUUUGAACACUACAGCAUAUCGGACAAGGCCAUGGACUACCGGAUCCUGCAGAUGGACGAGGACCAGGACAGGAUGUACGUGGGCUGCAAGGACCACGUCCUCUCCAUGGACAUCAACAACAUCACCCAUGGCUCCCUCAAGGUGUUCUGGCCGGCGUCCACCAGCAAGAUAGAGGAGUGUCAAAUGGCAGGAAAAGACCCAACGCACGGCUGUGGGAACUUCAUCCGAGUGGUGCAACCGUACAACAGAACCCAUCUGUUCAUGUGCGGCAGCGGAGCGUACAGUCCGGUCUGCGUCUUCAUCAACAGGGGACGGAGACCAGAGGAACAAGUCUUUCACAUCGACUCCAGGACCGAAUCUGGAAAGGGGAGGUGCUCCUUCAACCCUCAAGUGAACACGGUGUCCGUCAUGCUCAACCAGGAGCUGUUCUCAGGCAUGUACAUUGACUUCAUGGGGACUGAUGCUGCCAUCUUCAGGAGCCUGACCAGUCGGAAUGCAGUGCGGACAGACCAGCACAACUCCAAGUGGCUGAGUGAGCCCAUCUUCAUCGACGCCCACCUGAUCCCGGACGGCACCGACCCCAACGACGCCAAACUCUACUUCUUCUUCCGCGAGAGGCUGACGGAUAACAACGGAAACACCAAGAACAUCCACACCAUGGUGGCCAGAGUGUGUCCGAGCGACAUCGGAGGGCAGCGGAGUCUGGUGAACAAAUGGACGACGUUCCUCAAGGCCCGGAUGGUGUGCUCGGUCCUGGAGGAGGACGGCACCGAGACCCACUUCGAUGAGCUCGAGAACGUGUUUUUGCUGGAAAGCGAUCAGCCCAAGAGCCUGCUGGUGUUCGGGGUCUUCACGUCCACGAGCUCCGUGUUCAAAGGCUCGGCAGUGUGUGUGUACAACAUGGCCGACAUCCUCACCGUCUUCAACGGGCCCUUCGCCCACAGAGAGGGGCCCAACUUCCAGUGGGUGGCGUUCCAGGGACGCAUCCCCUACCCCCGGCCUGGAACUUGCCCCGGCGGAGCCUUCACACCCGACAUUCACACAACCAAGGAGUUCCCGGACGACGUGGUGACCUUCGUGCGAAACCAUCCGGUUAUGUUCAACGCCAUCUACCCGGUGGGGAGGAGACCCCUGGUGGUUCGCACCAACGCCGACUACAAGUACACGUCCGUGGCCGUGGACCAGGUUAUGGCGGCCGACGGCAACUACCACGUUCUCUUCCUGGGCACAGACAAAGGGACGGUACAGAAGGUGAUCGUGCUGCCCAGUAACCAAUCCCUGCACGAAGACCUGAUCCUGGAGGAGCUGGAAGUGUUUAAGAACCAAGCUCCUGUGACCAACUUGAGAAUCUCCUCUAAGAAACAACAGCUGUACGUCAGCUCGGAGUUCGGGGUCUCCCAGGUCUCCCUGCACCGGUGUCCCGCUUACGGCUCGGCCUGCGCUGACUGCUGCCUCGCCAGAGAUCCCUACUGCGCCUGGGACGGACUCAGCUGCUCACGCUUCUAUCCCACCAGCAAAAGGAGGAGCAGAAGACAGGAUAUUAUUCAUGGAAAUCCACUCACUCAAUGCAGAGGAUUCAAUCUGAAAGCCUACAGAAACGCAGUGGAGCUGACGCAAUACGGCGUGAAGAACAACACCACCUUCCUCGAGUGUCUCCCCAAGUCUCCCCAGGCCUCGAUCCGGUGGCUUAUCCAGAGGGACAACGACCGGAGGAAAGAGGUGAAGCUGAGCGACCGCGUCCUCUCCACGGAUCACGGCCUCCUGAUCCGCUCCAUCCAGCUGUCGGACCAGGGCCUCUACUUCUGCCUGACCACCGAGAACGGCUUCAAGCGCACCGUCGCCAAGAUCCGCCUGCGGGUGCUGAGCGAGGCCAUGGUGAGCGUUCUGACAGACAAGCAGCGGUCCCCGUGGGCGUGGGCCACCGCCCUGCACCCCAAGGUCCUGCUGUCGGCCUUCAGUCCUGCAGAGAGCCUGGCUGUGCAGCAGUACUGCAAGGAGAGGAGGGAGCUCCAGAGCCUGCAGCAGAGGCAGCAGCAGCAGCAGCAGCAGCAGCAGCCUCAGCCGCCCGGGCCUCUCCGGGGGGACCUGGCCAAACUGAAGCCCCUGCUGGACCGCAGGAAGAGCCGCAACCGGCGGAACCACGUCCCGGACGUCUGACACCCGGAGCCGGCAGCUACACAGACUGACAGUGGAACCUCUCCUCCAAUCCUGUAUCACACCAGGCGGUUUACAAAAUCCCCAUUUGCCAACGCUCAUCUCAAACUGCAGAGCGGCACUGCGGAUGGACGGUCGGACGAGGAGGUGGGUGUGGGGAGCUCUCAUUGGACGGUAUCUCCGGCUGUUGCUCAAGGUGGCGGAGGAAACACACCUCCACACACGCACAGGCACACGCCACCAAUAAACUCUGCUAUUUAAGGCUGAUAUUUCUUGUGAUAAUGCAACUUGAGACACAACAAUGGUCAGUGAUCUUGACAAAUAUCGUACAUUCAGGAGGGGGAAUCAGAAUCCGCCGAUUAUUAGGGAGGAUAUUGAAAAAGGGACAAAAGUGAGACAGAUGCAUGUUGGACAGUGAGCUGUCUUUGUCUUUACAGUAGCGUUGUACUAGAUUCUACUCACAUUUGAAUGUUUUGAACUGACAAAAUUCUCUAUUCAGCGAAAACCUUGGGGCUGUGUGAUUGUGUAGAGAGCUUAAAUAACACUCAUGUGACAAGAAUACAAACAGUACAAGUCAAGAAUAUAUCAGUUUAAAUCAUAGCCUGUGAAUAAAGAUGGAGGACGUGUCUCUAAUUCCUCUCGUUGUCAAAUUCUAAAUUUAUUUUAAUUCAGUCCCAUCUGCAAACAUGUGAGAGGCCACUAGGGGGCGAUCAAAAAACCAUUUGGCUUCACUUUUGGCGGAGCUGCCACGUUGUCCAUCUUUAUAUACACACUAUGGUACAAAGACCAAAACAGAAAUGGUGGCUAGAUUGUAUGACAUACAGUGUGAGUGGCUGCACACGUCUCACACGAUCCGUCCUGUAAUGUAAAAACGUACAUUUACGAGAAUGUGCCUCGAUGUAAUUCGGCUGCGUAAUGUAUUUGUAUCGUACUUUCUCUUUUUCCAGCAUGUUUAUAGAAAUUCAACCAUAAUGUUGAAGUCUUACAAAGGGAUAGUCAGACAUUUCGGGGGAAUACGCUUAUUUCUUCGCACAGAGUUAGAUGUUAAGUUUCUCGGUUAAAUCCGCCUACUAGCAAACAACGCUUUGAGGUUUAACUCUUGAUUGAAGUGAAUACUGCGAUAUACCAGACUGGAAAUGGCCGAACCCACCGCAUAACUCCCAUGAAACCACUUCUUCUGUUUUUUGUGUGAGAGUUCAGCUCAGUCUUAAUGCUAAGCUAACGUGCUAGCAGCUGUAGCUUUAUACCAUACACACAAGAAAGUGUAUUUCCCCCAAAUGUAAAAUUAUUGCUUCAAUCCUUGCCUGGAUUAGAUUUAAUCAUUUAAGAGGUUUGCACAUUUUUUUUGUUUUAGCCUUCAGGUAAAUAAUGUUACACCCGUUAAUAAAGUGAACAAUGACAGUUUCCUUCUUUGGAUCCACGUUUUCUCCCGACUGCAGCAAAGUGGACGUAGGUUUAAUUCAGAAGUAGUAAUUGUCAGUGAGAUUGACAGUUUGACAUAUGUGAAUACACCUUUUAGGAGCGUAGCUAAUGUACAGUAGAUGAAUGGUCGCUUGUGUACAGAGUUUUUUUUUUGUUUGUUUUGUUUCACUCAUCCUGUUAAUUUAAUGUGCUGUGAAAAUCUUUGCUUUCACCGUGUAUAUAAAUCCAACAUGUUUUCGCCCACUAACUCUGACUGUAUCUGCAAAUUGUGGAGAAAUACAACAUUGUUUUCAUUCUGAGAAAAGACUUUCACUCCAGUUGUGCCGUCCCUCGUUCAGAUCUCUGCUCCGCCACCGACAUGUCAACUUCCGCUCAGUGUAAUGUCCGUGUUAUGUGUUUCUAUUUAUUAAUGUCCUGAUAGCCUGAAUAAACAUGUUCAAAUUAA